AUGAGUUAUUUCUCUCUUCUCGUGGCACCAUCGCAUAAUUCAGUUACAGCAAUCCUGGAGUUUUCUCGUUGUCUCCAGUGGUUCAUCACCUACCUCAGUUACAUACACAAUUCCGCUUUGCUAGGUAGUAUUUCAAACUUCUCUGGUGUCCCAUUAUCAAUGUCAAGGAACUGGAUUCGUUCAGUCUCGACUCAGUCUAGUUUGUUUGUGCGGGUCUUAAAGCCGCCGGAUCCUCCAACUAAGGUAAUCCUCCAUCUACCCGACAUUCCUUCGGACAUGACCGCGGCGGAUCACAGGGGGUAUGGCGCUGGAAGAUAUGUCUAUCGACCGACAAAUGAAGGCGACGAAACACACCCGCUCCAGCAUUGCUACCAUGGUAUUCGCCGGGUUUCCUCUCCAAGGUCCAGAACCUUACUGCCGUUGAUCCUCCAAGCCAAUACCUUUGGCACACUCAGUGAAGUCAUAGGGCUCAUUUGCGCUUCACUCACGAGCAUGCUUCUUCCUAAAUGUAAUAGAGCAGGUCAAGCCGUUAGAACCAUAGCAACCACGCGGUAUUAUGGGAAGACGGAGGAUACGGCCCGCAACUUGCACGCACGAAUUCCAUAUUCCCUAACCCUACUAAUGCUCCCGUUCCACGGACAGAGCCACAAAACGUGUGAGACUUCCUUUCCGUCCCUGGUUCAAUGCUUUGCGGAGAUCCCACACCAGCCGCAUUACAGAAAGCGGCAUUCAGAUCCGAUUGUGGGGGUUUGGAACUUGGGGAAGCCAAUUGGGGGUUUGUUGCUUAUCUGGAUGGAUCGCCGAAAUGGCUUCAGCUUUUCGAAGUUGAACAUCAAGAGUGGCCGACGAGUGUCAUUUGGAAGAGGUGGAGCUGGUAACAUACGUCAUUACGCAGAUGCCAGACUAGUUGAAGAGGAGCCAUCUGUAGGAGUGCGGCGACGAAGUAGUGUUUGGAGUACUUCGUCGUCAGACUCGUCACACAAAGGGUUAAGUCUCGUCCAUAGCGUACGAGAUGUAUUCAGGAGGAAAUCACUAGAUGACACUCCCGAGGAAUCUCUAGCCGAUGGAACUAGGAGGAAAAGGUUGGAUUAUGGUUUGUUCGAUAAAGAAAGCGAUGUUAUCACAAAGGUCAUGGGGCUUCGACAAGGAAUAUGGAGUCAGCCUCAUUAA